CUCUUUCCCUGUGCGCUUUCACUUCGGAUUGGCUGUCCUGUCUUCACUACGCUCUCUUAUCUCAAAGUUCCGUGUUAACAGUCAGGCAUUUAAUUGUUUGAUUUGUAGUCAACAUUAUCAUUCAGGACUCUUCUGGCCCGCCGCUCUACGAUCUUUGCAGUCAUGUCUGACCGAGGCUCUUUUGAUACCAACGUGGUGACUUUAACCCGGUUUGUGCUGGAGGAAGGGAGGAAAGCGAAGGGGACAGGGGAGCUCACUACCCUGCUCAACUCGAUGUGCACGGCCGUCAAAGCCAUCUCCACCGCGGUGAGGAAAGCUGGCAUCGCCAACCUGUAUGGCAUAGCGGGCAGCACCAAUGUGACGGGGGACCAGGUGAAGAAGCUGGACAUCCUGUCUAACAACCUGGUUAUCAACAUGAUCAAAUCCUCCUUCACAUCCUGUGUCCUGGUGUCAGAGGAGGAUGACACAGCCAUCAUAGUAGAACCAGACAGACAGGGUAAAUACGUGGUGUGUUUUGACCCUCUGGAUGGUUCCUCCAACAUCGACUGCUUGGCUUCCAUCGGCACCAUCUUUGCUGUCUUUAGAAAGACGACAGAGGACGACCCGUGUGAGAACGACGCGCUGCAGCCCGGGAGGAACAUCGUUGCGGCUGGAUACGCCCUCUAUGGCAGCGCCACCAUGAUGGUACUGUCCACUGGGCAGGGGGUCAACUGCUUCAUGUUGGACCCGGCCAUAGGUGAGUUCAUUCUGGUGGACAGAGAUCUAAAGAUCAAACCGAAAGGGAAUAUCUACAGUCUGAAUGAAGGAUACGCCAAAUACUUUGACACCGCUGUCACGGAGUACCUGCAAAAGAAGAAGUUCCCCGAGGAUGGCAGUGCCCCGUACGGUGCCCGCUAUGUGGGUUCUAUGGUAGCAGACGUCCACAGGACCCUGGUCUACGGAGGAAUCUUCCUCUACCCUGCUAACGUCAAGAGCCCCGAGGGAAAGCUGCGUCUGCUGUAUGAGUGCAACCCCAUGGCGUUCAUCAUCGAGCAGGCGGGCGGUAUGGCAACCACAGGAAGUCAGAACGUCCUGGACAUUCAGCCAAUCAACAUCCACCAGAGAGUUCCCGUGGUGCUGGGGUCACCUAGUGACGUCCAGGAGUACCUGGAUAUAUACCAAAAACACCAGGCCAACAAUGGUAACUAGGGACCGCACACACCAGGCCAACAAUGGUAACUAGGGACCGCACACACCAGGCCAACAAUGGUAACUAGGGACCGCACACACCAGGCCAACAAUGGUAACUAGGGACCGCACACACCAGGCCAACAAUGGUAACUAGGGACCGCACACACCAGGCCAACAAUGGUAACUAGGGUCCUAGUAACUAGGGACCAAGCAGGUACACACUCCCUAUGUAAAGACCCAUUAUAAACCAAGAGACCAAAGAUUCUCUAUCACUUAUAAGACUCAACGGGAUCAGCAUGCUGUUGACCAAGUGACCAACGAUACACCAACACUCCAUCAACCACUAGACUAGACCAAAGAUACACCCUCAUGCCUCACCACCCAGACCAAAGAAUAAGUAAACCAAGAUAGCCACCAACUACUUCCCAUCCUGGACCAGGAACUGAAGGGGAAGAGACCAUUUUCCCCUUAUUCCUUCAUUGUCAUUUAUUUUCAAGGAAUUUGCAGUACCUUCUCAGACCACUAUGGGGAACCAGUGUGUGAACUAUUUAUCAGUACUACUAAAUGACAGACCUAAUGUUACCUCUAUGCAGUAUAUAAGAUAUGUGCCUUGACACAGAUAUUGUUUGGGAUGAUGAAGCAUGUGAAUAAUAAACCUUGGUGGUGCUGUACCAAACA